AUGAAGUUAUUUAUGCUAAUAACAUUAAGUUUUUGUGUUUUAUAUAGUCAAGUAAUUCACGGCUUUGUAAUAAACGAUUUUGAUGGACCGGAACUGGUAACGUUAGAUAAAAACGCUUACAACAAAACCAUCGAUUUGGAUUGUGAUUAUGAGUUGAGCAGUAGUGUGCCAUAUUUGUUGGUGAAAUGGUUUAUGAAUAAUAAACUGAUAUAUCAGUGGAUAAGGGGAAAGCAGCCGUCAGUUUUGCCACUUCUUCGCGAUUACAUUGAAUUGCGAAAAACCUCAGAUGACCCAAAUCAUGAAUAUAGUAGCCUGACUCUUAAUAAUAUCAGUAUAGAAUUAAAUGGCACAUAUAAAUGUUCAGUAAAUGCCGGAUCGGAAUAUAAAUCGGUUGAAAAAGAAGUGCACAUCGUGGAUUUGAGGCAAUAUGAAAUUGAAUUUCAUGCCCGCAAAGUACAAAAUGAAACACAUUUGGAGUGUAUUGUCAAUAAUAUAUUUCCCAAGCCGAUUAUUAAUAUGGUUUCCAACGAUCCCGAUGCCAUCAUUCUAAAAGAUAAUCCCUCCACCAUUUUGCGUGAUAAUUCCUAUUUCAAUGUCACCCAGACGGCGGUAGCUUCCAAUGCUGAAAGUGAAGAAUCCUUUGAUUGUUUUGUCUCCUUUGAAAGUUUACCCUUUAAUAUUUCGGCACGUGAAGUAGCCGCUCAAUUGGAGGCUGGCACCGAUUCGGCUACACUUAUUGUUAAUCCCCAUGUUGUUGUAUAUAUUUUUGUUGUUAUAUCAACAUUGUUGAUGUUUUAG